AGCCUUUCUCUCUCGCUGCUGCUCCCUUCCGCCUCCAUCCUCCUCCAGCCGCGACAGCGCGCGCGGCGUUUCGUUCCAGCGCGAUACAUCGGGGGUGGUCGGCGAGGCGAGGCGGCGGUGGGGGAUGGCGAAGGCCGGCGGGGGCCUGAUCUGGGCGACGGCGGAGGACCUGGCGCGGAACCGGCCGGUGGUGCUGUCCAUGUACCGGCAGAUCCUGCGGGCGCUCAACUCGCCGGCGCUGCCGCUGGGCCACGCGGCGCGGCUGGCCAAGAAGGCCGAGUGCCGCGCCAUCUUCAUCUUCGGCGCCGAGGAGAGGUCGCUGCACAACAUCCAGGACCUCCUCGCCGCCGCGCGCCACACCCUCGGCCUCCUCAACCGCGGCCGCCUCCCCUAGAGAGCAAGGAACGAGCCUAGCCCUAACCUCCUCGCGGGUACCUCGUCUCUUCCCCGUUUACUUUAGCCUAUGCUCGAGUCGAUUGUAAUGUAGUAGUACGGCAUUAAUCUGGUGCCAUUUUGUUCAAUUGAAACAAUCCGCAGCCCAGUCGUUCCUCUAUGUAUGCACUGCAAAUCAUAAAUAUGUUGCGAAGCCGAUAAGAAACGAAAAUUGUCGCCAUGAA